UGAAGAAUUCUUAUACGACGCAAGUUGCUUUCCUUCUACUGUGAAAUGCACAGCCAAUAAAUUAGGGAACGCAGUUCGAACCAACCGAAUAUGUAUUGUUUGGGUUUCAGGGAUCAAUAGCGAUAAGAAUAGAAAAUUAUGUUGGCCUCGUGUACGUACACGAUCAUAUAACCUCUCAAAAAAUUUUGGUCACGUUGUGCCAAACGGUUCGAUCGUUAUCGGAGCUGGUGAUAUCGACGAUAAUAUGCCGAUAAACGAGCUCAAGACUGUGCCAUUGAGUUUUUUCCCCGGUGUUGUAAUGCUAUAAAUCACAGAGAUGUUACGGCGAAAUAGGUUGAAGCACAGAGUAAUAGCCAUUAGCAUCAUUGUUCUUGUGACAAUAUUUUACAAUGAAUUUUUCGUAUAUGAAGUACAAAAGCUCAAGUGGGCCAGGCGCGAGUGCUUAGAGUGCGUCAAAGUUCUUCUUGUCGCAGAUCCACAGAUACUCGGGGAAAAAUAUGAGAAUUACUUUGGUUCGUGGAUAGCGAGAUGGGACAGUGAUAGGUACUUAGAGAAAACGUUCUCGAGGGCGUUGAAAUUUUCUCAGCCACACGUCAUUGCCUUCUUAGGUGAUCUCAUGGAUGAGGGUCACGUAGCUAACGUGGAAGAUUUUGAGAGGUACAAAAGGAGAUUGGAUUCAAUAUUUUCAAUGCCAGAUGACAUAAUGAAAAUUUAUUUACCAGGCGAUAACGACAUUGGAGGAGAAGGUGAUCGUGUUUCUGCCAACAUUCACAAGAGAUUUAAUUUUGCGUAUACUCAACCGGAUACUUUGGUGUACAAGUCCGUCACCUUUUUCAAAGUGAACAGAUUGACGCGCACAAUGCCAGAAGCGCCGAAGGAUGCAUUUCUCAAUGAUUACGCAGAAAGAAAUACAACCAAUGUCAUUCUCAGCCACAUGCCUUUGAUGUUUACGCCUGGGGAUUUUGUGCAAAAUGUGCUUAAAGAGUUAUCGCCGCAGAUUAUUUUUACCGCGCACGAACAUAAAGCGAUGCACAUAAGUCUGGACACGGCAACGGAUCAGUUGAGCGAAGUUUGGAUCUUAUCGCCGUACGAAUCGCCUCUGUACCAAUUGAGAAUGGACGUAGGAGACAUUCACGAAGUACAAAUACCAACCUGCUCCUACAGAAUGGGUGUGCCACACAUGGGUUAUGGACUUGCCUACAUAGAUACUCAAGAGAAGACCGUCGAAUUCACGAUUCUGUGGUUACCGGGCAGAUUCCCGCAGCUACGUGCUUACAUAUUUAUCGUUGUAUUGGUCAUUGUACUUGCCAUUUGUUCUUUCUUCUCAGGUUGCUGCGUAAAAAGCUACGCCACUUACAAUCGUUUACCUUCCGUAUAGAAUAGCAAUCAAUUAAAAGUACUUAUGUGUUUAAUCCUGAAGUGCUACUUAUAUUUGUAUAUAAUUUCUUAUAUUAAUAUUUAUGUAGGUGGAAAUUUAUUCAUAAAGUUAAGAAUUUUUUUAAUACUUUUUAUACUUUUAACAAAAUGUUUACUAAAUGUUAUUUUGAUAUCUAGUCGAAGUUUCAUGACAAAAUCUGUGCUGAACUCGAAUUAGCAUUUGGAUAAAAGUUUAUUUACAGUAGCACUCCAGGAUUAAAUGGUAAACGAAUUUGGUGAAUUAUGAAUUAGAUAUUAAGAUCCGUCCAGAUUACAUGGUACUUCGACCGUCUGUUAAAUCCCAGAGGAAAGCGAGAUUAUUAUUAUCCUAUCAUGUUGAAAUAACUGAUUACAAUGAGGUUAUUUAUUAGCUAUGAAAAGUCUUAGAUCUCGCAGACGAGGCGCUUUUAGAAAACCUUUCCUAUGACUUUUUACAAAGUUAAGCUUUUGGCACACGAUACGAUUUUUCAUGCAUCGCAUAGAGAUAUAUAGAGAUCUGGCAUACGAGGCCUCUUAAUACAUGUCCUGAUUGGCUCCGAUGAUUAUGGUACCAAUCGUAAGCCAAUGAGGAUACAUAGUAAGACACCUCGUAUGCGAUCUAGCAUGAAAAAUCGUAUCGUAUGCCGAAGGCUUUACUUAUGAUAAAUACUUGACCGAUCAAACGAUCUCGGAGAGAGAUGUUCGAUUGUAAUUAUAUGAAGAGUCUCGUUCGAGCGAUUACUUGUUAAUCGUGAGAACGAGACUUGAAUAUAAUUAUGAUAAAUACUUAUGAUAAAUAUAUUCAUUUGCCUUAAUCGUCAUGCAUGAUUGAAGGCAUGACUUAAAAUAAAAUGCCAAAUGUUCUAUUGAAUAAUAGCGCUGGCUUUAAGUAUGCACUUUUUUUUUAGGUAUUAACUGAUAUUUGAAUUAUCGAGUGAUGAUUCAAGAUAUAUUAGCGAGGGGUUUAAAUAAAAUUUAGAUUUGUCGUAAAGAUACGUAAAACAAACAAUUCUUGUAAGUAUUUAAAUUAUCAUAACUGAAGUGCAUUUUGCAUAUCUAGCUUUUCGGCAAUCUAAAUGAGAGACAUUUCUUCAGCCUUAAAGCCGGCGCGAUAUAAAAGUAUUAUGUACAUAGUGAUAUUCAUUGUAUUUAUCUCGAUGUUUCUUUGUGAAAUCUUUGUGUAUACACACGUAAAUACGACGUGCCAAACGUUAACAUGGCGUUGGCACGCCAUUAUUACUCAAAUGAUUUCCUUUCAUAUUGGGUGACUUAAGAAAAAUCCUGUGCUUAAAAUACAUCACACUCUGUGCAAUGUCAAUAAAAUAAUAGAAGAAGUCCGUCGAUUAUACUGUCUCAGUUGACACGAUAAGAGAUUUUAUUGUAUCACGUUAUAAAGUAUAGAAAUAUAAGGAAGAAUUGUUGAGCAAGAGCACGUUUUAGAUGAAUCAAUUUAUAUUUCUCUCUAUGGACCCGUAUACACAGUAUUUAUUUGAAAUAAAUGUUAAGUGUUGACACACCUUAA